UUUUUUUUUUGUGAUCUAUUUGUUUCAAGAUACAAGGUACAGAUGGAAGACUCUGCCACCGUCUAAUUUGAAGUCACUUCUUCCCGAGCUGUGCCUGAUUUUCCUUUUUCGGGCCAAUGUCUUACUCAGCCAUUCACUUCAACUCACUCAACUUCACCUUUCCUCUUUUGAAUACAUGAUUAUUAGCAACAUAACGCAUUAGGUCUUAAACUCUUCGUCUAUUAUACCCCUUUUAUUGUACCACAGUCUGGAUAAGAAGCACAAAGUCAUGCUACAGAGUGUUAUGGUGUACCAGAACAACAACGAUUUCUUCCACAUGCAGCCCUCGAUGCUCGACGACAACAUGACCAAGCUCAUCAACUCUGAUCAAGUCGAGAACUACAUCGCCUCCGCAUCAACAUCCCCUGUCCAAGGCUACGUCAUGGCCCCUUCAUUCCCUCAACAGCAGCACCAGAACCAGCGCCAGCAUCAGCUCCAGCAAUACCCUGUAUCUUCUAUCGUUUCUCAUAGCGCUCCUUCUUCGCCACCCUAUGCCAUCAUCAAGACAGAAGAGAUUCCACAGCAACCCAACAUGGACUAUCUCCAAUUAUUCCCAAACACAUUCGAUCUCUCAUCUCCAUCAUCGUCCUCGGUACAGCAGGACCAACAUAUUCUUCCUUCACAGCGCUCUCAAACGAUGCAUUAUGCAGAUACGACUCUCUUUCAACAACAACGCCAGCGCCACCAACGCCAACAACAGAAGCAUCACGAGCAAUUGAGGAUGCAACAGUUGCAGCAGCAGAUGUUGUAUGAGACCAGCCAUUCCACAACUACCAGCAUGGCCAUUCCAGCCACAUCUUCAAUGAUGUCCUCUAUCAUCUCUGCCGACACCUCUAGCUCUUCUCUCUUUGCACCCUCUGCCAUCACCACUUCCUCACCCUUCUUCAACCCUUCUACCCUUGCACAUGACGACUCCUUCUCACGUCAAAACACAUAUACUCCUUCUGCACACCCUGCAGCACCCAAGCGUAAGCUCGAGCGUCAACCCUCGCCGCAACACUCGGUCGACGCUGCAGCUGCCGUCGUCAACAGCAGCGCCAUCUCCUCUGAAGACGCCACUGCAUUUGUGACGAUGAAGAAAACUUCCGCGGCGACAGCCAACUUGGCGGGUAGGCCCUCGACCAGCUCUCGCCUGGAUAAAGUCAAGACCACCCGCUCAACCAAAGUUACAAAGUCAUCCACUCUUUCUUCCUCUCCCUCCUUCAACCCCGACAUGAUCGAAUCAGAGACCAAAGCCCACUCUCCCAAGAAGAUUGCUAAAAAGAUUGCUGAUUCUCGCGAAUCCUCUGAACAGCCAGAGACUAAUGCCACCAUCACCACUACCACUAGUGCUACUAACGAAACCACCACCCGCGCACCCAGCCACACCGGUAAUGUGACUCACCCACGUCGCGCCGCUCAGAACCGCGCGGCCCAGAGAACGUUCCGCAACCGACGCAAGGCCUACAUCAAGGAGCUGGAACAGAAGGUGAAUGAGAUUGACCGCACCCGCGAGAUGAUGGAGGCCAUUCACCUCGAGAACCAGGAAGUCCGACGAAGACUCCAGAUUAUCGAGAGCUUUGCCAGCCAGAAUGGUCUUUCAAUGCCCACUUUCCCACCAUUGGUGCCCUUCUCUAUCACUAGCAACGAGUUUGCAGUCAAUGUAACUGAUAUGACUGGAAAUGGAAACGGAAAUAUCAGCAGCAGCAGCAGCAACGGAAUUAUGAUUAUGAACAACAACAACAAUAACCUUAUGGGAGGCAUGAUGUUGAGCAGUAACGAUGAAGAUGAUGAGGAUGAUAUGAGCGACUCUUUCUUGCCCUCCAACAAUAACUAUCAACAUGUUUAAAAAAAAAAAAAAAAAAAAAAAA